UCUGGUUUGUGUUGCAGAGUGCGUAACAGCUCCUGCUCCUUCCUCUCACCUCAGCAGAGCACUUCACGGUCAAAUGGUAAAGAGAAGGUAUGAGGGCCAAGUUUAAACUUUCGUCAACCAACCUGUCCUCAGGACCAGCCCAGAGUUAACGAAGCAACGCCUUCAUGCCCUGCUCAGUGAAGACCCAAAAUACUGCCUUUGCUGUAAGCUUCCUUACAGUUGCUGAAGUUUGAGGCGACAGCUUUUUGUUGCCCAGCAGUGGAAUACUCUUAAAUUUCUCAGAGGAAGGUGUCCGUGUAAAGCUGCCCUCCUGGAUUAUUUGUGGAGAUUAGUGAUGGGGAAUGCGGCUCCAGGUGGCCAGGAGCAAGAACCGGCUCAGGGCCGGGAGACUAGGAUCUCAGUGUCAGCUUCAACAACGAGUGACCGCAUGCCAACCAUCCAGAAGACUAGUCCUCCCAAGCUUCCCAUGCCCCCAGAGGAGGAGCUGGAGGAGCGCUUCAAUGUGGUACUGGGUUACAUGAAUCUGCCUCCUGACAAACUUCAGUUGUUGAGUCAGUACGACAAUGAGAAGAAGUGGGAACUGGUCUGCGAUCAGGAACGUUUCCAGGUCAAGAGUCCUCCGUCCACAUACCUGACGAAGAUCAAGAGCUUCUACCAGGACCAGGGAGGAGUUUCUCGCAGGGGGAAAAAAAAGAUCCAAGAUGCAACUCAGGUUCUAAAAGAUCUGGAGAUAUCUCUUCGGACAAAUCACAUUGGCUGGGCCCAGGAGUUUCUGGACGAGCAGAAUAACGGCCUGGACGUUCUGGUGGAAUACCUGUCGUACGCUCAGUGUGAUGUGGCGUUUGAUGUGGAGACCGUUGAAAAUGGAGGCUCCCUGUCGGACAGAGGCAAACCCACAGAGAGAUCCAUGGAAGAUCUCACCAAAAACUCCAACACCUCUCAGUCACACGGGAUGACGAGAGCUGCACGGGCUCUGACCGUGAGAAUCAGUUCCAGUCUGGCAAACAAAAUGAGUAAAAAGCCACACUCACCCUUCCAGAGAGACGACGUGCAUGUGUGCAUUAUGUGUCUCCGAGCCAUAAUGAACUACCAGUCUGGGUUUAACCAGGUGAUGACUCACCCGCGCUGUGUCAACGAGAUAACCCUCAGUCUGAACAGCAAGAAUCCCAGGACCAAAGCUCUGGUGCUGGAGCUGCUGGCGGCCGUGUGUCUGGUCAGGGGAGGUCACGACAUCAUUCUCUCUGCUUUUGACAACUUCAAAGAGGUGAGCAAAGAAAAGAGUCGCUUUGAGAAGCUGAUGGAGUACUUCAUUAACGAUGACAGCAACAUUGACUUUAUGGUGGCGUGUAUGCAGUUUAUAAACAUCGUGGUCCACUCGGUGGAGAACAUGAACUUCCGUGUACACCUACAGUACGAGUUCACUCACCUGGGAUUAGACAAGUAUUUGGAGAGUCUGAAACAGACGGAGAGUGAGAAGCUGCUGGUCCAGAUUCAGGCCUACCUGGAUAAUGUCCUAGAUGUGGGCGCCCUGCUGGAGGACGCCGAGAACAGAGGAGGAGAUCUGGAGAAAGUGGAGGAGCUGCAUGAACAAAACACCCAGCUGAGGGACCAACUUCAGGAGGUCGACGACCAGACGAAAGAACGUAUCGCUGACCUGGAGAGUCGGCUCAUGCACGCUACCAAAGAGACGGCGCUGUUGAAGGAAAGCCUCAGAGACUCCUGCUCCCAGGUCAGUGCUCUCCAGCAGCGAGAGAGAGAGCGGGAGAUGGAUCGGGAGCGGGAGAAGGACAGGGAACGUCUGAGCACCUGCGGUCUCUCGGAGUUAGAACAGAAGGUCCAGGAGCUGCAGGACAAGGGGUUAAUCCAACUGGGCCGCAGUCCCUCAGGAAGCCUGGACAUCCAAGUCCUGCCGGUCAAGGUGGUGGAAUAUGUCCAAGUCCCAUCUCCUGCCCCGCCCUCGGUCACUCAGGCUGGUGAUCUGAGUCCUGCCGGGUCUCCUGUGUCCGGCCCUCCUGCCACUACUGCUCCGACUCCACAAUCAACGUCCCAGGGUUCGCCUCUUUCUCCCCCGCCUCCACCUCCGCCUCCUCCCCCUCCCCUUUCCCCCUCUGGUUUCAGAGAGCCUCAGCCCACUCCAGCACAUUCAGCCUCCAAUUCUGUACCUCCUCCCCCACCCCCACCUCCACCACCUCCUCCUUCAUGUAUCGGAGGAGGUCCUCCACCUCCACCCCCUCCACCAGGCGCUGGACCGCCUCCUCCGCCACCUCCGCCUCCGCCACCUGGAGCAGGACCACCACCUCCGCCUCCUCCACCUGGAGGAGGACCAUGUCCCCCACCUCCCCCACUUGGUGCUGGAUUAACAUCACAAACUGGCAUCAAGAGCAAAAAGCCAAUCCAGACCAAGUUCAAAAUGCCCUUGUUGAACUGGCAGGCGUUAAAACCAAACCAGGUGACGGGCACCGUCUUCAACGAGCUGGAUGACGAGCAGAUUCUAGGGGAGCUGAAUAUGGAGAUGUUCGAGGAGCAGUUCAAGACCAGGGCCCAGGGCAAUCCCACUGACGUCUUCAAGAAGACCAAGAAAGCAUCCCAGAAGGCCCCGAGCAAGACUGCGCUUAUCGAUCAAAACAAGGCCAAGAACCUAGCCAUCACUCUACGCAAAGGAGGAGUGAAUCCAUCUGACAUCUGCACCGCCAUCGAGACGUACGACCAGCAGGCUCUGUCCAUAGACUUUCUGGAACUGCUCGAGCACUUCAUACCCUCAGACUUUGAGAUGAAGCUGCUGAACAACUACGAGAAAGAAGGACGCCCCCUGGAGGAGCUGACCAACGAGGACCAGUUCAUGCUACGUUUCGGGAAGAUCCCUCGACUGAACCAGAGGAUAAACACUCUGACGUUCAUGGGGAAUUUUCCAGAGAAUGUCAAACAUUUGCAGCCGCAACUCAACUCCAUCAUUGCUGCCUCCGUGUCAAUCAAGUCUUCAGUGAAACUGAAAAAAAUUCUAGAAAUUGUUUUGGCCUUUGGUAACUACAUGAACAGCAGUAAGAAAGGUGCAGCGUAUGGUUUUCGGUUGCAAAGUCUAGACUUGCUGUUGGAGACCAAGUCCACUGACCGCUCACAGACACUCUUGCAUUUUAUGACCAACAUCAUCCAGGACAAAUACCCAGACUUGGUCAACUUCCACACUGAGCUACACUUUGUGGACAAAGCAGCGCUGGUGUCCCUGGACAGCAUUCUUCAGAACAUCCGCUCAUUGGAGCGAGGAAUGGAAAUGACCAAGAAGGAGUUUUUGGUUCAAGAUGACUGCCCCGUGCUGAAGGAGUUCAUCAAGACCAACAGUGAACUCCUUGAGUCUUUGAUCAAAGACUGCAAGACAGCACAGGAAGCUUACGGCUCUGUGGUGGAGUACUUUGGAGAAAACCCCAAAACCACGCAGCCUUCCAUGUUCUUCCCUCUGUUCGGACGUUUCAUCAAAGCCUUCAAGACAGCACAGAAAGAAAUUGAGCAGAGAAAAAAACUGGAGAGGGAGAGCAAGGAGGAAAAUCAGUCGCCGUCUCCGAACAAAGCUACGUCUCCAAAGGGUCCCCAGAUGCCCAAGAUGCCUCAGAUGGACCUGAUCGCGGAGCUGAAGAAGAGGCAGGUGAAACCGCAGGUACGCGAAGGGAAGGACGGCGCUCUGGAGGACAUCAUCACAGAUUUGAGGAACACACCAUACAGGAGGACAGAUGGCCGGCGGACGGCGCAGCGCCAGGACACUUGAGCUUUUUUUUUUUUUUUUUUGUACCUAAAACACAGCCUUUUUAUACAGACAAAACAAGUACUGUGUAUACAAUACAUCAAAAUAUAUAAUAAGCAAAACGACAUUGUGUAUUUUAGAUCUACAUUUUAUAGAUUUGUUCUGUAAAUAUUCAAGUUGGAACUAUUUGAUAUUUUAUUUCCAGAGUCAAUAAUGUUUCUAAUCUUUGAACAACGUAUAUCCGAGCUCCCCCGCGUCUUCAUCUAAUAUAAAGAGAACCAGAACAGUAUCAUAAAUAGAUGUAUUUUAUUAGCAGUGUGUGUUUGUAUGUCAUUUGUAUUUACCCGAGUUUCUCUGUAACACGUUUUCCUUUUUCAUCUGACUGAAAUAAUCCUAUUUUUUGUUUCUUUGCUCGUUCCAUGUACAUGAAAAGUUAUUUUCUAAAGCCCCAGCUGGCCAGUUGUUGUACUACACCAAUAAACACAUUUAUCAGAGAAAU